UCCACAGCCGAGUGUUUAUUGGAGAAGCUGCAGGCGAUGUAGGAAAGAAAAGCUGCGUCCGUUUGUUUCUCUCCGCUUUUUACGACAAACUCCACCGAACAGGGUGAAGACUGCAGCAAAAUGGACGGCUUUUACGACCAGCAGGUCCCCUUUGUGGUGCCCGAGAGCAGCCGUCACCCAGAGGAGGAGCGGUGCCUCAACGACAGGCGGAGGACGUUCUACGACACCGAGCUGGCCCAGGACACCGAAGAGCUUUUUCAAGAUCUGAGCCAGCUCCAAGAAAUCUGGAUCGCAGAAGCUCAGGUUCCCGACGACGAACAGUUCGUCCCAGAUUUCCAGUCCAGUAACUUGAUGUUUCACGGACCGCCGGUCAGCAAAGUGAAGCGGGAGCCCGGUUCGUCCAAACACUUGUCCCCGUGUGCAACGCCUCAGACUGACACGUGCCUUUACAGCUACAGUGCCUGUGAAAACAAGCCAGCUCCAGCCUCCACCCCUGGAACACAGCGCCGCUCCAUACACCCUGCCGGACCCCCACCCUUACAGAGGCAGCUACAGCCACCCCCCUCUCAGCUCACCAGCCCGGCUGCGGCCGCCAGCCCCUUCCGCUGCCCCACCGUACCACAGGAGAACCAGUCAUUCGCUUUGCCUCGAGCCCCCACCAGCUGCUCAGGUGCCUCCUACAGCGCAGAGCAACGGUUCCAACGGCAGCUCUCAGAUCCCUGCCUGCCCUUCCUGCCUCAGGAGAAAGCCACGAACACGGCGUACCACCCUUCGGCUUGUGACGGCCGCCCUCUGUACCAGCGCCACCUGUCGGAGCCCCUCGUCCCCCACGCUGUCCGCAGUUUCAAACAGGAGCCGGUGGACCCUCGGUACCAGGCCACGGGACCUCCAGGUCCACCACAGCCACAGACAACUUUUAACCAUGUCAAAAUUAAACAGGAGCCAAGAGACUUCGGUUUUGAACCAGAGGUUCAAACCUGCCAGUCGUCAUUCAGCAAAUCUUCAGCGCUGUUCCAGAAGAACAGUGCUGGGUUCGGCUACGACAGAGAGCCUCGUUUGUUCUUCGAUGACACCUGCGUUGUUCCAGAACGGAUGGAAGGUAAAGUGAAGCAGGAGGGCUUGCCGUACCAGCGCCGCGGCUCCCUGCAGCUCUGGCAGUUCCUGCUCACGCUGCUCGACAACCCGAACAACCGACACCUGAUCGUGUGGACCGGACGCAACAUGGAGUUCAAGCUGAUCGACCCGGAGGAGGUGGCUCGGCUCUGGGGGAUCCAGAAAAACCGACCGGCCAUGAACUACGACAAGCUGAGCCGCUCGCUGCGGUACUACUACGAGAAGGGCAUCAUGCAGAAGGUAAAGGUGGCCGGAGAACGGUACGUCUACAAGUUCGUGUGCAACCCCGACGCUCUGUUCUCCAUGGCGUUCCCGGAGAACCAGAGGCCGAGUCUGAAGGUGGACUUGGACGCCGUCCUACCCCCCAGCGAGGACGACGGCUUCCCCCUGCCCGGAUAUGAGGAGGAGGGGCCUUACUUGGUGGAGGGGGCGGAGCAAUGCGUCCGGGGCCUGGGGUUCCCUGACAGCUACCCGUACUGACCCGCAGGGGGCGGAGCCUGGAAAUGCUGAAACACGUUUUGUUUUUUUAAAGACUGUUAAACUUCCUCCAGAGAAAAACACUUUUCUUUCUCCAAAACUUGUUUCACUCAUUUAAAUGAGUUCACAUCCAGAUUUAACAGUUUUAAAGAAAAAAAAGUCCAAAUUUAUAAAUUAAUUUUCAAUUUCGCUUAAAAUAUUUACAAAAAGGUACGAUUGAGACAAAAAUCUAACUAUAAAUUUUCCAAAUAAAAUAAUUAGACAAUUCACGACCAGAAAAUCGUGGUUUGGAUUUAAAGUUGUAAUUUUGUUCAAAUAAAAAAGGGCAAAUUAUUAUUAUUAUUAUUAACAAAAUAAAGCUAAAAUACAACAUACACUUUUAUUCAAGAAGAUUUAAACCAUUAAAAUCUGACAUUUCAGUUGUACAAUUAGUUCUUUUUCAAACACGACAGUUUGUCCGGUUUGUGACAGUAUUUUAUUUUUUCAGUUAUCCUUUUAUUUUGGCGGUCACGCUAGUCGUUUCCUGUCGUGGUAGCUCCGUAGCAUGGCCAUCGCUGUAGUCGUCGCGUUUGUAAACUCUGGGAUCUGUUUUGCAACCAAAAACUAUCUCACAGCCACGGCGCCCUGAAAACAAACGUUUUUCUGACCUUUGACCCCUGCAACAUCUGGAUGAACAGCUGUCCGUCGUGUCCUGCUCCUCGUUUCAAAGCUGAUAUUUUUGGCUUUUUAUGGACUUGUAUGUUUUGGUAUAACGAUUUAAAAUAAAAAGUAUUUUUUGAUUCUGUAACAAGCAUGGACGGCCGGAUAGUUUCUGCAUUUUGUAAAGUUUGUUUGCUUCGUAGAGGAAAUGUAUAAUUCUAUAUGGAUCUAUUUUUGCUAACGGCUCGCUCGUGUGUCGCGUCGGCAGGAAGUCCUGCGGGAGCAAGAUGGCCGACACCGGUGUAACCUUGACCCUCAGAUACUGUCUGUGUGCCUUCUGUUCAUCUUUACUCAAACAAUAAACUAUUUUAC